AGAAAAAACCUCCUCUGCACAUAGCGAAAUCAUCUUAAGCAAUGAAGACCACCUUUCUUGCCCUCUUCCUUGUCUUCGCCUUCGCCUCAGCCAAAGCUGAUUUUGUGGUUGACACUGAAGGCAACCCCGUCAGAAAUGGCGGCUCAUACUACAUCCUCCCAGCCCUCUGGGGACACGGCGGCGGUGUGGGUCUCGCCGCUACCGGCAAUGAAUCUUGCCCUCUUACCGUUGUUCAGAAAAGCUCUGAACUAUCCAACGGUUUACCCACCAGACUUGCUUCUCCAUACAGAAUCGCUUAUCUCCCCACAAAUUUCAUUAUGGAGUUCACGGUCGUUGCACCGCCAAAGUGUGCCGACACACCGGCAAAUUGGACGAUUGUUCGAGGAGAAGAUGAGACAUAGGAAGUGAAACUUUUAGGGUACGAAAACACCCUGCGUGGUUGGUUUAAAAUUCAGACGUCGACAGUUCGAGGUAUCUAUAAGAUGGUGUUCUGUCCCACUGAUGAAGAUUCUUGUGGUGCUGUUGGGAUUUCCAAGGAUGGGAAAGGACACAGGCGUUUGGUUAUUGACGAUGACGCUCCUUUCCAUGUUGUGUUUCGCGGAGCU